CGAGAAGCGCGCGAGGCUGUCCGCGGCCGUGCGCGUGCCCACAGCCCGGAGAGGUUCACUGCACGUUUCGGUCCCUGCUCACGGUGCCCGCUGGCGUGUCCCGACAAGUGGAGCGCAUGAACCUAGGGGUCACAGGGGAACCUGGAGCCGAUCCCAGGGAGCACCACAAGGCGGGGUACACCCUGGACAGGGUGCCAAUCCAUCGCAGGGAACAACCACAUACACACUCACACACCCAUUCAUACACUACAGACACUUUAGACAUGCCAAUCAGCCUACCAUACAUGUCUUUGGACUGGGGGAGGAAACCGGAGUACCCGGAGGAAACCCCCACAGCACGGGGAGAACAUGCAAACUCCGCACACACAGGGCCACGGCGGGAAUCGAACCCCCGACCCUGGAGGUGUUAGGCGAACGUGCUAACCACUAAGCCCCAAAAUGAUUUUUUUAUUUAAAACAUUUUUGUGUUUGUGUGUGGUACGUUUUCUCAUACUACAUGUACAGAACAACUGAAGUAGGCUAGCUAGUCUUGCUACAUUCCUUCAGAGACAUUUAUAGGUAAGGAAUAAAAUACUUCAGGGUGUACCGCUAUAGAAAAAUAAUCAUCAACCGGGCAGUGUGAUGCGGGUCAAUGUGAAGCCGAGUUACUCUUAUGAUUCUUAAUUCAUUAAACAAUGACACAUACUUUUUAUCCAGUUCUAGUUAUAUUUAAUGCUUUGGAAUAUCUGCAAAUUAGGUUAGCUCCUGAUAUCAAUCACAGCUUCUCUUUUUAUCUCUCUCUCAAAAACAUGCAGCUCGUUAUGUUACUGAGAAACUGGAAAGUGUAAAGCCUUAAUCAUUUUGAAAACCUACUGACCAUUACAAAGCACUGACACUGAAGACUCCUUCCAUAAAUGCUAUCUCCUUACAGAAAACGUUACAAUUUCAGUGAUUAGCUGGUUUUCAUUAUUGUCAAAUAACCACAUUUUAUCAAUUAGACAGAUAUUGUGAGGAGUGUCUUCAUACAAGUCACUAUAGAAACGAAACCAGAAGACAUAUGUGGUUAGUAUCACUUCUCUACCAUUUUAUGUCCAAUAAUGGUAAAGUGUAAGGGGAAAAUCAUAAUGUUAAGUAAACUUGUCCAUGGAAUGUCCAGGGUUUAGUAAGAUGCAAAAAAAAAAAAAAAAAGAUUAAUUAUGUAGCUAUAACCAACUAACUAACUAAUGAAGAGUAAAGGCAUUGUUAUUUUAGACAUUUACCUAGCAUAUAUAAACACUUUAAGGCUAGCUACCUUUGUUAUUCCCGCAGUGGAUGUACAUUUGCAACAUGUUCCUUACUUAUGGCUAUACCAAAAAACGGAAUAUUUGCACCAUAAGAAUAUGGUUUCUGUCCUAGAAGGACUUCAUAAAAAUGGACAAAGUAGUUAGCAUUGGUGCUACUUUCUCAAAUUGCACAGAGGCAUUUUUUUGUUUGUUUGUUUGUUUUUGUUUUGUUUUGUUUUGUUUUGUUUUUACAUUUGAUUGUGUUGUUGGACUUUGCAUUGGCAAAUUUGAGCUGCGGAUUCUGUGUAGUGUCGUCUCUCAGCCACCAUUCCAAACAAAGCCACUAUUGUUUUCUUCCUCAUUGCUCAUCAAAAUGAACUGGAUGAGCACACACCUGCCUCCCCAAAAGAUUUACACACAGGCUCAAGACACAACACAGCAUUCUGAGUCAUGAUUUAAAACCCUGCUUAAAUAUUUCAUCUAUACAAAUAUUUAGACAGAAUAUUUAUGGGCUAGAUCUUAGGUCUGAAGAAUUACUGUGUACUCUAAUUGUUCAUGUUUCAGAUUCAACACAAUAAACCGAGUAACAGACAGCUCUUUUGCUGGUAUGCGAAAGCUAGAACUCCUCAUGAUGCAUGGGAAUAAUAUUCAUAACAUUCCUGAUGGAGCAUUUCAUGAUCUAGUAUCCCUUCAGAUGAUGAAGAUGAGCUACAACAAGCUGAAGAUCAUUAGCAGACACACAUUUCAAGGUCUAUGGAAUUUAGCCAGACUGCACCUGGACCAUAACCAUCUGGAGUUCAUACACCCGGAUGCAUUCCAAGGCCUCACCUCUCUCCGUCUGCUUCAGUUGGAAGGCAACCGUCUACAGCAGCUCCAUCCAGCCACCUUUGCAACGUUCUCCGUACUUGGCUACUUCCCCAUGUCCACUCUGAAGCACCUGUACCUGUCUGAGAAUGGCCUUACAACACUGUCACAAAAUAUGUUAGCUACUAUGCCUCAACUGGAGAACUUGUUCUUGCAUGAGAACCCCUGGACCUGUGACUGUAGGAUGAAAUGGUUCAAAGAGUGGAACGCAAACGCACCAGAGGUCCUCAAAUGCAAGAAAGAUAGAGCUUUCCCUGGAGGACAACUGUGCCCUGUGUGUUUCUCUCCUAGACAACUAAAGAAAAAAGAUCUCCGGGACCUAGACACACCAAAAUGCACUAGUCCUGUCAUUAGUGCCCCUCACAGGAACGCUACCCUGGACACAGAGAGUGAACUCAUGACAUUAGACGACUUCAGUCAACCUCUCGGGAAUGUUUCACUCGGUUUGUCAGAUGAACAUGGAAACCAAGUAGAUCUGAAUUGUCUUGUCAAUGAACCGACCAAGUCGGCCAGAACGGACUGGAACCAUGUUAACUCAUUGCAGAUUCACACAAAUGUCAGCCUGACGUUAGAUCUGGAAUGCCCAAUUGACAGGGGAACUUACGAAAAGCUAUGGAGACUUGUUGCAUAUUAUAGUGAUGUACCUGCUCACCUGAAAAGGGAGAUUAUGUUAAGCAAAGACCCUCAUAUUAGCUACAGGUAUCGCCAGGAUGCAGAAAUGGAUGCUGUUUACUUCACUGGUGUGAAAGCCAAUAUGGUAGCAGAACCUGCAUGGAUAAUGCAGUCAGCAAUGAAUUUACAGUUAAACAGACCUCAGUCCACAAGUAAAAGGGUCAGACUAAUUCUCAGCACCUAUCUAACACAGCUGGUAGAGUCAGAAGAAGAGAGGCAACAGAGGAGACAGUGGGUUUUGAUAGAGUCCAGAAACAGCACCAAAAUAUCUCAAGUUGUUGUUGUGGGCAAGCCAAUUCAGAUGCGCUGCAAUGUGCACAGCUCAGGGAACCCAUUAAUAAAGUGGAUGCUGCCCGAUGGGUCUAAAGUUGAGGCGCCAUAUCAAAGCACUGAUAACAGGAUUACAGUGUCUCCAUCUGGUUUGUUGGCUAUAACAGCUGCGGAUCACUCUGACUCAGGUGUUUAUUACUGUAUAGCAAUAGUGCUGGGUGAUAUAAGUAUUCUUCCCUUUCGUCUGACAGUGGAGGAUUCUUCUACUCCAGCUCCUGGAAGUGAGGGUGUGGCUGAACCUAUAGCAGGAGUCGCAGGUGGGCCUGUUUCUCUUCCUUGUGUAGCCCUGGGUUCUCCUGAUCCAAAUAUAAAUUGGAUCCUGCCAGACAGCACUAUUAUAAACACAUGGUCAAAUUUAUCCAGGAUGUUUGUGGCCUCAAAUGGAAGUUUAACAAUUCGCAAUAGCCAGCUCUCAGACAGUGGUUAUUAUAAAUGUGUGGCAGAAACUCAACAUGGUGUGGACUCAAUAGCCACAAAAGUAACUCUGACGAGGCCCUCCAGAGGACAUCCAAUACGGAAAUAUUCCAGUAGACCUCAGCCUGCAGAAGGAGUGUCAACCAAAAUACGAGCUUCAAUAAACAAUGAUGUGGAGGCAUCUGGGGAAAAUGAAAACGAAGGGCCUGAAGCAAAAGCCUUUGAACAAGUGGAUAUCUCUUAUCAAAGAAGGACUCCAAAUGCUCCUGGUCGGGGUGGACACCCAUCCAGAAAAGUGUGGAGACGUCCUCAACUGCCGAGAAGACGAAUAAUCUCUACGGGAGCUGACAGGAGUAACCCGACAGAAACAAGGAGAAGAAUCAAUGUGUCAAAUGGCCAGAUAGAUCCAAAGCAUUGGGCUAACAUUCUGGCAAAAGUCCGCAGUGGUGGUGAUAAUGCAAAAACAACUACAACUGUAAGUUCUGUUCUGACUAGCACAAAAAGAUUACAUCAGCUUGACACUGCUAUCACAACAGAAUCAGGAUCUCUUAAGAGAAUGGAAGGAUCGAAACCAGAUAGUAGUACAACCGAAGCAACACCACAAGAAGCACCAUACACAGUCACAGCAUCAGAGACAUCGCUGCAAACUACUGAAGUCAGCCUAGAUAUAAAACCGCUGGAUGCUGACGGUCAGAUACACAUUACCUACCAAAUCGCAGCUCCAGAAGUCAACCAAGAUUCAGACUCGAUUGAUGUUGCAUAUACCACAAUUGGUCCACAGCCUACUACUUAUUUGGUGAUAGAUGCAGAUAUUGCCAAGUUGGAUGAAGUGAGCACUGUUCAGAGCACGACUCCAUAUGGAACUCUUUUUCAACAAAACCAAAGACACACUUUGGGUAGCAAAGAAACUGAAGCAAUCCCUAUGGCUAGAGGUGAUGACGAUGACAAUGCUGGCGAUAAUGAACAUAGCGAUUUAAAAAGGCAUGGGAUUGAGGUUCAUCAAGGAAAGCCUGACCACAGUUCAAUAUCAACCACAUCUAUGGUUUUUGAAGAACAAAACACAAAAAAUGAUUAUGUUUCUCAUUUAUUUACUGACAUUGCAAAAACUGCAUCACAAGCGAAAUAUGAAAGUUCACAAAUUCCACUGCUUUCCACUAUGGCACCAAGCUCUCAAUCCACUUUAGAACAUGACAGAGGAACACAUACUAUCGCAAAUAAUCUUAAGCCUCCUUCACAUGCUAGGGGCUCAUCCAAUUCAAGACGUAAGAAUAAUGGUAGACGAAGAAAGCCUAAUAGAAAUAGAACAAAACCAAAACCAUCCAAAUCUGCAUACUUUGUAAAUAUCCCCACAAAGCCAACUACUUUAGCCCUGGUUUCUGAUAUCACCAAGAUGACUGCCACAUCUGAGUCAAAAAUAUCAACAUCUACAGAGGCUAUGAGCAUUGGAGCCAAAAUGGAUAUCACUGUUCCAUUUAGUGACAACCAAGGAACGUCACUUAGUGAAGCAAGUCAAGAAAAGAGGGCAGAUCCUUUAUUUGACAUCAAGAAUAUGAGAUCUCCUGAUACUUCUGUCAAUGAGAACAUGUCAGAAGUGGAGCAUACACUAUUGUCAUAUGCCAAACCAGAUAAUAUAUCCAUAAACACUACAGUGUUGUCAGUGGCUGCAUCAACAUCAACUUCAACAACCAAACAUAAAGAACCGGCUUUUACUCUAUCUCCUCUAAUUCCGAACACUCCAUCUACUGACUAUGAGACAAUUAUAAGCCUCCAUCCCCUGAUGGGAAUACAUUCUGAAGAGGCACAAAGUGAAAUCACUACAGGAUACCCCAGCUCAGGGGUAAAAUCUGACACAUCCCCUGAGAGUCCUCAAGCACAAUCAGAAGCAACACCAGGUGCAGAUUUAGACAAAGCAGAAAAUCAAUAUAAGUUCUCACUUAAACCUUUCUCCUCAUCUGCUGUGGAAACUCAGCAUGAAAUCAGUGCAAGCCAUGACUCAGAAAUCCCUAGCGGUUCAACAAAAGCAAACAUCUAUGAGGGGGCUCCUGAGAAUCCUCAGGUUACCACUGAGAGACCCAUAACAUCCCAAAAUGCUCAACAAUCUCAUGUCGCCACUAGAACAAAACUAAACAGUGCUUCAUCUAAUGAAAAACAAGAUACAGCCUCAGGUAGGAAGGUUGAAAUCACAGAAGAAAAUACUGUACCUCUGUUGGAAGGUCAGAGUUACAGUAACCCUGUCACCUCCCUGAAAACUACAGCAAUCACUGCUACUACCCCAAUACCACCACUGCCAAAAACAUUAUCAACAACAACAAUGCCUCCAACAACACCAAAGAGAUGGAGACCCUCUAUAAUCCACCCACAUACAUCUUUCCAGAAUAUACCUUCCAUUUGGGGCAGGGCAGGUAUACCUGACAGUCCAAAUCAUAUUCCUGACAGACACAGAGAACGAAUUUUAAACCCAGAACAGAGUAUCAGAUCACCUAAUAGAAACAGGCCAAGUGUAUUUCAUUCAACAAAUCUGUCGCAACAUACUAAACCAGAUAUCACUGACACUGGAUUAAGCACCAAAAAGCCAAAACCACAAACCACACUUAAAGUUCCCACAACUGCCCCAGAAGUCCUAGUUCCUCUUCCAAGACAAACCUUUCCGGUGAAGCUAAAUGGUAGUUCUUCCUUUAUCCAUCAUCCAACAUCUACCUCCAGUAUUCAUCAUUCUCAGCAAAAGCCAGUUAUCCCAGCUAGAAAAGGAUGGCCUAAGAUUACCAGCAGCAAUAUUAGCACAGUGACAGUACAGGCUGAAUCUGAUGCCUCUCUGCCCUGUGUGGCUGCAGGAGAGCCUAGACCUUUCCUCACCUGGACUAAGAUCUCAACAGGAGCCAGCAUUACUCAGAACACUAAGAUUCAGCGAUUUGAAGUCCACCCUAAUGGCACCCUCACAAUUCGCAACGUCCUUCCUUUAGACCGGGGCCAGUACCUCUGCAGUGUCCAGAACCAGUAUGGACAAGACAAAUUAGUGGUCACUUUGAUAGUCUUAGCUGAACACCCCAGAGUGUUUCAGCCACGCUAUCAAGACAUCACCAAAAACCUGGGAGAUACUGUUGAUUUGGAGUGUCGCUCCCAAGGAAACCCUCAUCCUCGCACUACGUGGGUGCUGCCUAAUAGGGUAAUAGUACAUAUGGAGGCUCCCUCACUUAAUACACAAGAACAUCGAGUUUCAGUUUUGGCCAAUGGCACACUCCGGAUUAAAUCUGCUACAUACACAGAUCGUGGGGUUUAUAAAUGCAUUGCUAGCAAUGCAGCUGGUGCGGAUGCUAUAUCUGUUCGUCUUACAGUUGCUGCAUUUCCUCCGGUGAUCCAACAAUUGAAGAAUGAAAAUAUUACUUUCCCAGAAGGCAACACUGUCUACUUGAACUGCAGUGCCACAGGUGCUCCUCCCCCUACAAUAAGUUGGUCUAUGCCAAAUGGUGUGCAGCUUCGUUCUUCAGAAUUUGUUAGUGGCCUCAACCUCUUUGUUUUUGACAAUGGGACCCUGUACAUUCGUGGGUUGGGUCCAGCAAAUGCAGGGAAAUAUGAAUGCACAGCAACUAACACAGUUGGGAUUUCAUCCAGAGCUGUUAGUUUGAUGGUGAAAAAAUCUAUUGCAUCAGCCAGAGCCAGGAUUACUUCCUCAUCUUCACAGAAAACAGAUGUCAUUUAUGGGGGAAAGCUGCAACUGGACUGUGUUGCAUCGGGAGAUCCAGAGCCCAGGGUCAUCUGGAGGACUCCAUCCAAAAAGCUUGUGGAUGCUCAUUAUAGUUACGAUCCACGGAUCAAGGUGUUUGCCAACGGGUCACUGUCUAUCCACUCUGUAACAGAGAAAGAUGAAGGUGACUAUCUUUGUGCUGCACAUAACAAAAUGGGAGAUGAUUAUGCACCCCUUAAGGUCAAUAUCUUGACAAAGCCAGCCAAGAUUGAGCAGAAGACACAGCUCAAUCAGAAGGUUAUGUAUGGAAGUGACCUGAAAGUCGACUGUGUUGCAUCAGGUCUUCCAAACCCAAAGAUCCAAUGGGCUCUGCCUGAUGGCACUAUGGUCAACAGCAUUAUGAAACCUGACAGCAACAGUGGUGGUCCAAGUAGUAGAUAUGUGGUUUUUGAUAAUGGCACCUUAUUCUUUAACGAUGUGGGGAUGCACGAAGAAGGUGAUUACACAUGUUAUGCUGAGAACCAGAUUGGCAAGGAUGAGAUGAAAGUACAUAUCAAGGUGUUGGCAGAUGUGCCAGUGAUCAGAAACAGGAGCUUUGAGGUAAUCAGGGUCAUGUAUGGAGAUUCAGCCUCACUGAAGUGCACUGCCAAAGGAGAGCCUAACCCUAACAUACUGUGGUUCUCUCCAACAAAUAGAGUGAUUCCUUCUGCCUCAGACAAGUACUUGAUCCAUAAUGAUGGGACACUGGUCAUUCAGAAAGUGCAGCGCUUUGAUGGCGGGAACUACACAUGUCUAGCCAGGAACAGUGCAGGGCAAGAUCGUAAAGUGGCCAGGCUGGAAAUCCUGGUAUCACCUCCUGCUAUCAAUGGGCUAAGAGGCUCCACAAACUCUUUGAAAGUAUCUGCAAUGAAGAAUCAAAGGAAACUGAUCCACUGUGAGGCGUCUGGUACCCCUGUUCCUCAUGUGCUAUGGGUUUUCCCAGAGAAUAUUAUUCUCCCAGCACCGUACUAUGGAAGCCGGAUGACAGUCCAUCGAAAUGGCACUCUUGAUAUCCAUUCAUUACGGGUAACCGACACAGCUAAAUUAACCUGUAUUGCUCGUAACGAAGGCGGGGAAGCAAGGCUCCUAGUACAACUUGAUGUGAUGGACAUUAUAGAGAAACCAAGACUCAAGAGUCCUAAAACAGAAUCUCUCUCUCUAACAGUUGGCAGGACAAUGAUGCUAAAUUGUUCUGCUGAAGGUUCCCCAGCACCACAGUUGACCUGGAUUCUUCCUAGUGGUUCUCCUCUAAUGAGUGGCUCCCAGUUUAGCAAGUUCUUCCACAGAUCUGAUGGGACUUUGGUAAUUACUAACCCUGCUGUGUCAGAGGCAGGAACGUAUCGAUGCUUGGGGCGCAAUGCUGGUGGACUGGUUGAGAGGACUGUGGUACUGACACAAGGGCGGAAGCCAGAGAUUAAUAACAGGUACAACUCACCUGUUAGUGUCAUAAAUGGUGAAAGCCUACAGUUACACUGUCUAUCUACUAGUGACCCUGUCCGUCUUACAUGGACUUUGCCAAGUGGGGUUGUUCUAAACGGACCUCAAAGGGCAGGUCGCUACGCUGUUCUACCAAAUGGUACUCUUUUCAUCCAGAAGGCUUCUGUGUACGACAGAGGCUCUUACACCUGCCGUGCCGCAAACGAAUAUGGAAGCUCCUUGCUAACAGUCCAAGUGGCUAUAAUUGCAUACUCACCACGAAUCUCCAGUGGCCCACCUCCUACCACCUAUGCCAGAAGAGGAGUUGCUGUUCAACUGAACUGUGUAGCUACUGGUAUCCCUAAGGCAGAAGUGGCAUGGGAGACUCCAGACAGAACAAGGUUAAUUGCGAGCACUCAGCCACGCCUGUUUGGAAACAAGUAUAUACACCCUCAGGGCUUCCUUAUAAUCCAGAACCCCACUCCAAGAGACACAGGUUUCUACAGAUGCACAGCUAGAAAUGUGAUUGGGGUUGACUCAAAGAGUACAUACCUUCACGUAUACUGAGAAGCAAUAAAUUCAGAACAUGCCCAGUGAUCUGUGGGGUUCAAAUAAUGCAUAGCUUUAUUUCUAACUAUUUUUCAAUGUGAACAUGACAUUCUAGUGCAUGUUCUACUGCGUAUGUGGAAUCUUUACCAUCACUUUGCCAGUCAGUUCUUCUAUCAUGUCAGUUACUGCAAACAUCUAGGGAGUUGUGCUACUUAUCCCAUUCAUACCCAAUACCUAGUAACUACUAAUCUGAUACUUCAGUGUACGUUCUUUUCAUGUAAAUACUACAGCCUGUUUUUUUUUUUUUUUUUUUUUUUUUUUUUUUUUUU